AUGGUCGGCACGCUGAAUUUCUUCCUUGAUCCGGAGGUGCCUUGCACCUGGCGGCAGGCCUCUAUUCUUGCUUCGAAGGCAGCUGGUCGUAGCAAGAAGUACGCCCGCACGAUCCGUGGAUGGCUUGUCCAGUAUCUAACAGCAAAUAAGCUUCCACUCCAUGGCUAUGGGUAUCCUCGACAUACUUUACUUAAUGACGAGGACAUCGCAGAGCGUCUUCAGGAGCAUCUACUUCAGCUCUCGAAGGACUCCUUCUUCAGCGCGGCUGACGUCGUCAAAUUCAUGAAGACCCCUGAAAUGCAGGAGAAGACCCGGGGUCGGUCCAUCAGCGAGCGCACAGCUCGACGCUGGCUGAGAAAACUCGAUUGGAGAUACAAGAAAAGGACGAACGGGAUGUACAUUGACGGCCAUGAGCGGCCAGAUGUUGUCGCCUACCGAGAAAAGUUUGUCGGGCGAUGGAAGCGGUACGAGCUGCGAAUGGUCGCAUACGACAAUGAUGGAGAUGUCGCAUCAACACCGAAAGGGUUCGAAGUUGAGCCAGGACCCUUUCGGCUCAUUCUGGUCACUCACGACGAGUCAACGUUCUAUGAGAACGACCGCCGCAAGUUUGUGUGGGGCCAUUCUUCCCAGAAGAACCAGCCUGUAAAAAAAGGCGAAGGGCAAUCUAUCAUGGUGUCAGACUUCCUCACGCUCGAGUGGGGAAGACUGAAGCACGAGGACAAGUGA